UAACUUUCUGUCUGGUGGUGAUCCCAAGUUGAUCCCUUUACCUACUAAAUAAGUAAAAUAUGAAUUUGAUAUUUGAUUGCCCAGAGUCCAGUUGCUUCUCAAUUUUCAACCCGGUCUCAACUCACAAGGAAACCAAUGGUUGUUCUGAACGCUGCAAAACAACCAAGAUCUACCCCACUUGGGGUUUCUCAACCACCAUCCCAUUUCUUAAUUACGCACUUUGACAGGGAAAGUCAACUUCAGAGGCAUCCCACUUGGUGUCUCUAUUCAUUAUUCAAUUCAUCUCAACCUGUGACGUUGAGGCUUACGACAACCCUAAAGGAGCUUUGAAGGAUAGGAGUUUAUACCAACUUGUAUCAUGCUGGUUGAAUUCUGAGGCAGCUUUUUUAUUAAUUAAAAGCAACCGUGGGAGCUGACUUAGCAUGGAUUUGAUAGCAAGGUUGAAAGUGAUUUGGUACUAAAAAAUUGAGAUGGAGGUGGGCAUGUUGAAGGGAGUAUUGAAGAAGAUGCUCUGUUGUUAAGAGUAGUCGGCAAUUGACACAAUGUAAACCACCCAGAAGGACCUUUUAGAUUGUCUUUGUUGUUUUCUUUCUGUUCAGCAAGUCAGAUCCAUUAGCGUAGCUUUUUGACCGUGCUCUGGGAUAUAUUUGAGGACGAGAUGAUCUUGAAGUUGUUCUGGUAGUGGUAAACUUGCCAACUGGUUUGAAGCUAUGAAGGUUGUUCUGUAUUUCAGCUUCUCGAUCUUUUGCUUGCUUCUGCUUUUGGAUUGUUCGGUUUCACUUCCUCUAUGUAUUGAUUCCAGAGCGCCCUUUACCCUCAACACGACACUGAGCUUUUGUCCGUAUAAUGGAAGCACGUGCUGCAACUCCACAGAAGAUGCACAAAUGGCAAAGCAAUUCCAAGUGAUGAAUAUAUCUGACUCUGGCUGUGCUUCCGUUUUGAAAUCAAUAAUUUGUGCGAGGUGUGACCCAUUUUCGGCUGAGCUAUUUACGGUUCAAUCCUCUGGUCGAUCAGUUCCUGUCCUUUGCAAUUCUACCAUUUCAACAAAUACUACUCAGUCAAAGGCGGCAGUAGAGGACUUCUGCUCCCUAGUUUGGGAUACAUGCCAGAAUGUGUCCAAAAAUUCUCCGUUUUCUCCUACAUUACGAGGUCAGACAGGAGGAGCUACGGUAAAUACUGAAGCUGCCAAGCUCACUGAACUUUGGCAGUCCAAAACUGAUUUCUGCAAGGCAUUUGGCGGAGCUUCAAGUGAUGAAUCAGUAUGUUUUGAUGGUGAACCUGUUGAACUAAAUAAAACUAAGACUCCUAAUAGCCCUCCAGAUGGCUUGUGUCUUGAGAAAAUCGGCAAUGGAUCGUAUCUCAACAUGGUUGCUCAUCCUGAUGGUUCUAAUCGCGCUUUCUUCUCUAACCAAAUGGGUAAGGUGUGGUUGGCAACACUUCCAGCUGAGGGAUCCGGAGGGACAAUGGAGUUUGAUGAAUCUAGCCCCUUUGUUGAUCUGACUGAUCGGGUCUAUUUUGAUUCUGCAUUUGGAAUGAUGGGCAUGGCAUUUCAUCCAGACUUUGCAAAAAAUGGUCGUUUUUUUGCGUCAUAUAACUGUGAUAAGUCUAAGUCACCACAAUGUGCAGGAAGAUGUGCAUGUAACUCGGAUGUUAAUUGUGAUCCAUCAAAGCUAGGCACUGAAAAUGGUGCCCAACCAUGCCAGUAUCAAUCUGUUAUAGCAGAAUAUACUGUUAAUGGUACUGCAAACCAACCUUCCAUGGCCGAAAGUGCGAAACCCAUAGAGGUGAGAAGGAUAUUCACCGUGGGUCUCCCAUUUACGUCUCAACAUGGGGGUCAGAUACUCUUUGGACCUGAUGAUGGGUAUUUAUACUUCAUGAUGGGAUAUGGAGGCGGCAGUGGUGAUCCAUAUAAUUUUGCCCAGAACAAGAAAUCGUUGCUUGGAAAGAUCAUGAGACUUGAUAUUGACAACAUUCCAAGUGCAGAAGAAAUUACCAAACUUAAUCUUUGGGGUAACUACUCUAUUCCUAAGGAUAAUCCAUUUACUGAAGAUGCAGAUCUCCAGCCUGAAAUAUGGGCACUGGGAUUAAGAAAUCCUUGGCGCUGUAGCUUUGAUUCAGAAAGACCUUCCUACUUUGUGUGUGCAGAUGUUGGCCAGGAUCUUUACGAGGAGGUGGAUCUCAUUACAAAAGGCGGGAACUAUGGGUGGCGUGUUUAUGAGGGCCCCUACAAAUUCACCCCUAAAGAUUCACCUGGAGGCAACACUUCUUUGGACUCCAUAAAUCCAGUAUUCCCAAUAGCAGGUUACAACCAUUCCGAAGUAAACAAGAAUGAAGGAUCAGCCUCCGUUACUGGGGGCUAUUUCUAUAGGUCUAUGACUGAUCCUUGCACGUAUGGAAGGUACUUGUAUGGAGAUCUGUAUGCGGUUUCUAUGUGGGCAAGCAUUGAGGAUCCGGAAAAUAGUGGAAACUUCACUACCAACAAAAUCCCUUUCAGUUGUGCACGUGAUUCUCCUAUCCCAUGCGACUCUGUACCCGGAAGCUCCCAGUCAUCUAUAGGUUACAUCUUCUCAUUUGGGGAAGACAACAAUAAAGAUGUUUAUGUGCUUACAAGCACUGGUGUUUACCGUGUUGUUCGUCCAAGUCGAUGCGGUUACACUUGCUCAAAGGAAACUGCUACCCCAGCAGGUUCUAGCCCAGCCCCUUCUCCAUCACAUGCUAGCCGUGGGAGUAUCCUUUCUGACAAUCUGUUUCUGCAGCUUUCAUAUUUCCUGUUGUAUCUUAUAUGUUAUCAUCUCCUGAACAUUAUGUAAAGACCAGGGGAGGAUGAAUGUGACGCUACAGUACCUCUUUAUCCUUUCUAAGUUUUUCUCUCGUUCUGUAUGAUUCAUCAGUAGAAGUUUUUGAGUAUGGACUAUUGAGGUUCUCGUUCUACCACUGUCCUUUCUACUU